ACAUAAUUCAAUACAACAUCACAUUCAUCAUCUUCUCCAUUUGGGCUCAAUCUCUCCAUUUAUUAUAUACUUUGGAUACCCUAUUAUCCAACAUUUGGUGUUCUCGUUGAGAGCUGAAACACAUCAAGUGAGAUCCUCUCAGCCCGUUAUGCCUCGAUUCAAUUGAAGCUAGUAAGGCUACACCUCGACUCAAUAGAAGCGAGCAAAGCCGCAACUCGGCUCAAGUGAAGCUAGUAACACUGCAUCGCGGUCCAGAGGGAAGCAACUGACCCCUUGGUCAAAGGAUUACGGGCUUACGGCUCGGCUAAUUUGCAAAUUAAUACUCCUGCCUCCAUCAAGAGUUGACACCGCGGUCAAACCAACAAAAAGAAACUCCAAGUAGCAGCCUCAUCUCUGACCGGACAACUCCAUCUAAGCUGCUAAGCAGAAUUACAUUGUGGAGAUGAUGAAGAGAGCGAAUGUAGCUAUUCUCAUUCUGAAGUAGAGCAAUUUUCAUACAGUGAUAUGGAUGAAAUUAAUCAGGAUAAUAUUGAGUUUGAACAGAAUGUGGACUUUGGUGAUGAAUAUAUAUAUAUGCUAGUUUUAUGAGAGAUGAAGAAUAACUAGCUCUUGGGUGUACUGCAAAACAAGGUUGGUUUGACCCUAACUUAUCUGAUGAUGGUUCCUUAGAAGACUCAGACAAUGAUGCUGAAAGUCCAAAAGUUGGGUGGCCUGUUUUCAGAGCUAACACAGAAGUGGAAAAUCCAACAUUUUCUUUAGGUAUGACAUUUUCAAGUAAGAAAGAAUUUAGAGAAGCAUUGCCUAAUUAUGGAUUUGAACAUGGGAAGGACUUGAAAUUUGUGAAAAAUGAUUCUCUUAGAUUUAUUGUGAAGUGUAAGCAAACUGAAUGCCCUUGGACAAUAUCUCUAAGAAAAGUGCAGAAUUCCUUAUCAUGGAGGAUAUUGAGAUUUUCAAAAACCCAUGAAGAGUGUGGUUGGAAUUACCAUAACAAGAUGGUUAAUUCAACCAAAAUUGCAAAAAGAUGGUCCAAAGAGAUACAAUUACACAGCAAUUGGAAAAUGAAGGAAUUGAGAAAAAAGUGUGUACCAAAGAAAAGUUUCAUGUGAGUACCAAAAAAGCAUAUAGAGCAAUCCAGAAAAGCAAAGAAACAAAUCCAAGGGGACCAAGAGGACAACUUCAAAAAGAUUUGGAGUUAUUGUGAAGAAAUUGAUAAGACCAAUCCUAGGUCAACAUGUGUUGUGAAAGUAAGUACCUUGACUAACUCGAGUGAGGAAAGUAGGUUUAUGAGAUUUUAUUUGUGUUGGGAUGAUUGCAAAGAGGGAUUCAAUUAUUGUCGACAAUUAAUCGGUGUUGAUGAUUGCCACUUUAAGACUACCAUUGGUGGUCAAAUUAAUAGGUGUUGAUGGUGGUCAAUAUUGACGCGAACAAUAAUAUCUUCCCUAUUGCAUAUGCAAUUGUUGAAGGAGAAACAAGAGAGUCUUGGAGUUGGUUUUUGAGAAUUUUGAAAACAGAUUUGAAUAUAUGCGAGGAUAUAGUGAACAUAGUACACUAUUAUUAUGUUUAAUAAGCAAAAAGGUUUAAUUCAGGCUUGUAAAGAGGUCUUACCUGAAGCAGAUCAUAAGUUUUGUGUUAGGCACUUAAUACCAACAUGAAAGUUGCUGGUUUCCA